AUGACAGAAGCUGGAUACGAACCAGGAACCCUCAAGUUGCUAAACAUUCACUCUACCACGCUGCACAUGGCUGUUAGCAUUAGCCACUAUAACACGUUUACAUCCAAGUUUAUCAAGUCUAAAAGAAAAUGUUUGCUAGCAAAAUGUCAACAAUCUUUAUGGAAAGUUCUGCACUCUUUCUGCUCCUCUUUUGGACCUCCUGCCAGGCACAAAUGCACGUGGAAGAAGCUGAGCACACUGCAGGUGCAGGUGCUGUCAGGCGCCAGCUACUCCAACCUGACCGGCGUCCUGGUGGCCAGCGUGCUCGCCGAACAAGGCGGCCUGCGGCCCGAGCUGGCCUCUCAUUGGCCGGAGCUCAGUGGGACCGGCGCCCUGCUCAACGCCGUACGUGCGUUGAUGCUGCUGCUGUCCAUCCAGGCGCCGCCCGCCCUCGACCCCGCCCUCUGCCCCGCCCUGCAGGACCUGCUGGGCCGCUGUCAGGCGUGCGUGCAGCAACGCAGCGCCCUGGACCUGGAGGACCCCCACCAGGCCAAAGGUUUGAUCUGUGAGCGGAAAACAUCUUCAUCAUCUUCAUCAUCGGCAAGCAGGUCCAAGAUGGCUGAUGUGCGCUGGCGGUUGUUGGCACUUAUUGUGGUUGUCAUGGCAACAAAGACCCAGGCCAUCAACCAGAACUUCAUUGCCAAAAUUGUUGAACAAGUCUUCCAAAGGCUUCACUUGGAUGGGACACAGCACAAGAUCAAGCUGCCCAUGUUCAGUGUGACCGUGCGUGUCCCCAAGGGUCGUAACGGUCAAUAUGACGUCUCCGCCAUACCUGACCCGGGUGACAACAUCAAGAACGCCAUCCUGAAAUGCCGCGUCUACGAGGACGAGCACGUGGUGGCCGCCACCCUCCUGCGGUGGCCCGACGUGCUCACCAUGUGUCCCAAUGAUAAGGUGCCGUGGGAAGAUGUUCUGAAGGUGUGCAAGCAGUCCUCCAUGACCUGGCAGCAAGUAAAGGAUAAGUGCCCCAACUACAUAUAUAACAAGCGAGCGGACCACGCCGAGUACCGCGUUCUGAACACCUUCAAGACGUGGGCGGAUGGCAAGGAGAAGACGGGUCUGAUGCUCUUCUACGUCUUCGCCUCGCCGUGCGCAGACAGAUGCACGCAUGAGAACAGCGCGCUGAACAUCCUAAAGCUGGUGGAGAACAUCAAUCAGUGGCCCCAGCACGUCAUGGUCUUCUCCAAGGUCUUCCAGCCUAAAGGCAAAGACCCCAUCGAGGUCGACAAACUCAAGGCCGCGCUCAGCAAACUGGGAGACCAUCUCGGCAAAGGCGGCCUCGGGAACAUCUUCCGCUGCGAGAGGGAGGGGCAGAAGAUGAUGUGUGUAGGCUGUUCCGGCGGGGGGGGGGAGGUCACACCUCACUGCUACCAAAAUGAGCAGGACCAGUACAUCCAGGAAGGAUGGAGCAGGGGGGGUAACGUAAGGUGGGAUGAGGGGGGGCAGGUCAUACCUAACUGCUACCAAAGUGAGCAGGACCAGUACAUCCAGGAAGGAGGGAGCGGGGGGGGCAACGUAUGGCAGGACGGGGGGGAGGGGGGGAAGGUCACACCUAACUGCUACCAAACUGGGCAGGACCAGUACAUCCAGGAAGGAGGGAGCGGGGGGGGCAACGUAUGGCAGGACGGGGGGGAGGGGGGGCAGGUCACACCUAACUGCUACCAAAAUGAGCAGGACCAGUGCAUCCAGGAAGGAUGGAGCAGGGGGGGUAACGUAAGGUGGGACGAGGGGGGGCAGGUCAUACCUAACUGCUACCAAAGUGAGCAGGACAAGAAGACAGACAAAGGAGGCGGGGCCAAGCGUGGGCGCGGCUGA